AUGCCACACCUGGGAGACAAACUGCGGGCCUCGGUCCGAGACGAUGUCCGAAGGGAUACCAUGGAGUCUAAAAACAUGGAGGGUGAGGAGGUGGGCGGUUUCCAGGGCAGAGGGGAGCUUAGGGAGGGGAACAAAAUGAGCGGCCUUCAAAAAACGGUCAACAAUGGUGAGGAUGGUCUUGUUGCCGUCAGACGGGGGAAGGCCGGUUACAAAAUCGAGGGAGAUCUUGCGGUUGCCCACGUCGUAGUUGCGUUCUGCUUGGGAGAGACGCCGAGAGAAGAAGGCGCAGGGAUGGACCUUAUUGUCCUGAGGAGAUUGCUGGGAAAGGACCGCUCCUACCCCAGUGUCGGAGGCGUCCACCUCCAAGAUGAACUGGUGCAUAGGGUUCAUCUGACGGAGGAGCUGGCUUUGUCCACAGCGCGAGUGUCCCAGCUGCAGCUGGAAGCUACAGCUCAUCAGAUGAAAGCUGCAGAGCUGCAAAAUAUACUUAGCUCAGCACUGCAAGACAGUGAGAGCCAUGGACAACACACUGCUGUCCUGGAAACACAGCUGGAAGUUAAAUGUUCUGAAGCAGUCAAGAGAAACAGAAGAGCAGAGUUUGCUGCAACACAGAAGGCAGAGGGAGGAGCUACAGGCACUUCAAGACAAAUACUUAGCCUUGGAGCAACAGGGAACUGCUGUAAGAGAGAAACUGGAAGGAAGAGUUGCCGAGCUGCAGAGGAAAGUGGAAAAGUCCGAGAGCUCAAGAGACGCUGCAGCCGAGGUGAAGCGGGUGAUGAACGGAGUGUUUCACUCCCUGCGAGCAGAGUUUGAGCUCAGUGAAUCCUACAGUGGUCAGGCUGUGCUGGGGGUCAUUGUUGCUACCAUCAAGAAUGUAACUCUGAAUUUGCUGAGUGGCACAGAGAGGUCCUUGCACAGACCAGCUGCCAAGGAGAACAAAGAAGAACCUGAGGAUGUGAAACAAAGUGAGGACGGAUCUCAUCACGUACAUGCUAAUGGAAAGAGAGAAGUGAGAGAAGAGGAGGAGGAGGAGGAACAUGUGGCUGACUCAGACUGGCAUGGAGUCAGCGAGGCCCAGAUGAUUGAGGAAGUAAAAGACGAGGAGGAGGAGGCAGUGAUGGAGUCAGAGACACCAGGUCAGGCAGAGGCCUCACAGGUUGAUGAUCCUCAACCAGCCUUAACUUCUCACCUUCCGGCCCACAACACAAAGACUGCAGGAGGACCAGACCAACUCUCUUCUCCUGACCCAGCUACAGAAGACAGAGUUUCAACCAGCUCUAUGGAUCCUGAUGAUGGACCGGAGAAGUGUCCACAGGUCGAGGGCGGUCAGGAAGCACAUGGAGCAGUGAGCAGUGAAGGGGACAUGAAGAGUCUGGAAGAAACACAGAAUGUUGAAGAGAAAUCUGCUUCUUCUCAGAGAGCCUUUGGACCACCAGUCAACCCACCACCACCACCCAGUGCUCCUGAGAACAGUUCUGAAGAGGACACCAGUCUGACGGGGGAAGUCGGUGAGGAAAAUGGAGAAGAGCCAUUUUUACAGACCCCACCUCCUGCCAAAGCCCCUGCUGCUUCCAGUGAGGAGGAAGAGGAGGAUGAGCUGAGCUUGAAGGGACGUCCUCCACCCACCCCUCUGUUUGGGGAUGAUGAAGAUGAUGAUGAUUUGGACUGGCUGAACUGAGAUCAGCCACAUCUUCUGUUUAAGCACAAGUUCCUCCAUAGUGGAGUCUUGAAGGGGACGCGUCUCGGUUGAUGAAGAAGAGUGGGGCAGUCUGCUGCCGCCACACCACA